AUGACCGGCGAUUGCGCUGAGAAAGCUCGGCCACACUUGUUGUUUGUACACAACGACCGUGCCGUCUACCAGAAAUGUCGAAGCCUGAUCAAGGGUAGCGGACUGAUGAAAGACUACCCCAGUGUGACGAUUGGAGAGAAAAAUACGCUCAAGUUACUUGCUACAAGAAUGGCUGCUCGCGAUCGACCAUUAGCGGUUACAACCAGUGAAUUAGCUUCUAUGAUCAGUAUAUCUGGUAACAGGAUAUUCGUGGGUCCUUCAUCCACAUCCAUCUCGCCAAAACAUGUUGCCACUGUUGGAGGGAUUAUCAGGCACGGUAGUGAUGUUUUCAUCUUCUCCGCUGGACACCCUUUCAGCUCCAGUUCAGAUACCUCCAAAUCCCAAACGGAGUGUCUCAGCGAAGAAGGACACCCUGAGAAACCUAAAGGUGCCGCAACCAUGAAAAUGUUUAACGAGGCAGGCUCACUUCAACUGGACCAAGUUGGAGGACGGUUUGCUUCCGACUUAUACAUACACGCCUCGGACUUGGCCGCCGCUUCACAUGUUCGAGUUAACCUCAGCCAAUCUCUGGCACAUCGAUCUCAGACGACUCACGAUCAACCUUCUGGCCAAAUGAAGGGAGACGAGGCAUUCGGAUUGGCGCAGAUUCAGGGGCGGCGGCGUGAUCAAUUUGCUGAGAAAGAAACGAACCCUAUCGUUUCCAGCAAUUUGGACUACUCAGAUAAUGACGCCAUCAAGGUUUUCUAUACUGCGUCAGGGGGACUUCUGAUUGGAACGCUGGAUGGCGCGCUGUCGCAUAUCCGUCUACCAAACAGCAGCACGUUCCACGAAGUCUAUGAAAUUCAAUUCGAUGUCCCUCUUGCGCAAGGCGACUGUGGCUCAUGGGUACUGGACGCAGAAACUGGUGACCUCUACGGCCAUAUAAUCGCCGGCUGUGAGCGCAAGGGGAUCGCAUAUAUCAUGCCUGCGCGGGACCGUUUUGACAACGUACAGGCAUGCCUUAACCAAGGUCUGCUGGGAGACUCUGACCUCGUCCUGGAAGCAUUGUUGACAUCCGAACGCCCAGCGUUCUCGACCGACGCCACGCAGACGUCCACAUGUCCAGAGGAGCGCGAAAUAGCAUUGCAAACAGCAAAAUCCAACAACACCGGGUGUUACAUCUGA